UGAUGGGAUAACACGCUUUCGGCGACUCUCACCACGCAACAUCAACUUCUUGAAGCAUGGACUUAGUCGGUUCUUAGUUCGCAAAAGAGACGCUGCACGUAAACAACAGUGAGACUCAACAGGGCGGGCUGCAGGUUCCCCCCCGGCAUGAGCCUGUAGACUCUGCUGCAGGUUUGCUCAGAGUAGGCUAGCCCGCUUGCAACCGCCUGCUAAGCUAGCUAACUUACUAGCUAGCUACAUUGCAGUCCAAAAUGACUGACUGCUGCGCCGCGGUGAGCUGUGAUCACCAGCAAGGGGACUCGACCACCUCACUGUUCAGCUUCCCUGCGGACCCGGAGCGCUGUAAACAAUGGCUGAUCAACUGUGGUCGCCAGGACUUGUCAUCAGAACCUGCUGAGCAGCUGCAUAAACUCUACAGACUUUGUGCAAAGCACUUUGAGCCGUCUAUGAUCUCCGAACAGAUCGACUCUGGUUGUGUCCUAAGUGAUGAUGCUGUUCCAACAAUAUUUGACUGUACGACACCGGAGAAUAAUCAACUGCCCUGCAACAGGAAACGAGCUAGAGAUCCUUCGGAAGAGGAACCUUCUUCUGUGAAGAAAACAAAAGAAAACAGAGGAGAAGUGACAGGGGAGACGCAAGAAUUUUCUGGAGAGCAGAGUGAAAUGCCUGAACUGCCAAACGAUAACCUAACCCAAGAGGAUGUGUCAAGCUCUAAAGAAAAAGAGACUCUGAAAGUGUAUUUUAAGGAAGUUCUGGCCCUGACUGGUUUCAGCAUCAAUGGUGCAAACAUCAAUGCCGAUGAGUCGAUUGGUGGCUCUAGGGGUCAGCAAGCACUCAAUCCUGUCUGUGUGGAGAAAAUUGACAGGGCAGAAAUCCUGCAGUUCAGCGAAGACCUCAUGCGGGAGGAGAUCCAAAACAGCCUCAGAUUGGCACGAUUCUUCUCCAUUCUUCUUCAGGAUGUGACGAGCAUAGAAGGAAAAGAGCAGAUUCCUGUUUUCAUCAGGUCUGUCACAGUUGAUGGGUUCCCACAAAAGCACCUCAUUGGGUUCCUACCAUGUGACAUGGAUGCAGAGAAUCUGUUUUACAUGCUUCUCGCUGAGUUGAGAACCAAGUGGGGGCUGAGGAUGGAGCACUGCAGGGGACUCACUUAUUUGGUUACAGGCAGCAUGUGUCAGAAAAUGCGAGACCUUACCAGCAGGAUUCUGCAGGAGUUUCCACAAGUAGUCCUGUCGCCAAGUGACCCAUAUGCCUUCAACAUCUGGAUUAUCCGCUGCAUGCCUAUGCCCUCCAUCCAGAAGGCUGCAGACACCGUGGAGGAGGUAGCCUCAUUACUCAGGAGAACACCAGAGCUGUCCAAAAGACUGGAAGGAAAGAUCCAGACAACAUAUGGGCAUUUAAAAGGAGAAGUGGAUCGGAUCAAAGCAGCUGUCGGUGUGAAUUGGGACCACAGCACUGAUGCCUUCCAGACUAUGUUAGAUAUUCUGGAGCCAUUCCUGAACUGCAUCAAUGAGAUGAUUUCAAAGGUAGACGAAGACACUGCUGAACAGAUGGCCAAGCUCAAGCCAGUUUUGAAGAAUUUCAAUUUCAUUAUCACGCUCGUUGUUCUGAAGAACACUCUCUGUUGUGUGAGCAUACUCAACUCAAGUCUCAGGGGAAUAAUUAGCAUCAGCAGUACCUUGCAGUACACAAUCUCCAAUGCCUUAAAGCUGGUAAACAAAUAUCAACAGGAGCUUGCAAUAUUCCACAGGAAAUGGUUCUCAGAUGCAAUUGGCCGAGCCAAGAAGCUGGGAGUUGAGGUCACCAAACCAGAGAUGGACGAAGGGGACACAGCUGAAACACCACUGGAGGACUUUUACAGAGAAACUCUGGGCCGACCUAUCUUGCAGUAUCUUGUUGCAGAAGUGAAGAGAGUGUUCAGCACUGAGAUGGUGAGGAUUCUACGGUGGCUGUCAUUAGUGCCCUCUUACAUGGCCGACCACAACUUCAGCAUUCGCAGGGAUAAAGUAGCAGAUGCCAACCUGAACAACCUUGCAAGGCCUGACACAUUUUACGAAGAGCUUGGUUGCUGGGAAGUGAAAUGGAGACACGCAAGCAAGCGCAGAAUCCUACCAACAACAGUGUUUGCUACACUCAAGAUCCCAGAUAUUGGGUUUUACCCGAAUGUGCAGAGCUUGCUGAGAGUGUUGGGCACUGUUCCAUGUGUAAACGCAGAAGCAGAUGUGUAUGGCCAAUAUCAUAUGGUUCUGGAGCGCUGCCACUCCUACCUGACAGGCACACCAGAGGACCAAAGACAGUGCAGCAUGGCAUAUGUCUAUGUUAACCAAGACGUGCACUUCAGUGUUGAGCAAAUGGUGGAUUCAUAUGUCCAGAAGCACCCAGACAUCCUGCGGAUUCUGCAAAUGGAUGAUGACACGAAAGAGAAGCCAGCCAAAGUGGCAGCUCAUGGAAACAAUGCAGAAAAGGACACUGAGGAGGAAAUACAACUCAUAAACCUAGAGAUGGAUGCGGAAAGGCUUGUGGAACUGAAGUGUGCCGAGACUGACCGAGAGGCGCUUAAAUCUGCUUUACAAUCUGCAGUGGUUGCUGCAUACAACAGUCAAAGCAGGCUACAUAGUGACACUUCUGCUCAAGAUGGAGAGGUGGACUACGUGACCAAGUCUGAAAUGAAAGAAGUUCUCACUGUUUGCGAGAACGCUCUCAGGGCAGGAAUCCUCACAGAAGUGGGGAGCUCAUUCUUUUCCUUAUUCAUUGACAGUGUUGUGAAACUGGGGGAGAGAGAUCAUCUCCCUCUUUUCCUUCGGUUUGUGGAUAGUUUUGAUGUCAUGCGUCUGGAGUUGAUGGGAUUCCUUGAGGCUGAUCUUGAUUGUGAUCUCAUGGUGCUGCGUCUCCUGGAAGUGGUUACUGUCGAGUGGCGUCUUGAUUUGAAUAACUGCAGAGGCCAAGCCUACCUAGGCUCUGGUGAUGUCUCCUACAAGCUGAAAGCCUUUGCCUGCAAAGUUCAGGAGAAAUAUCCUCUCGCUAUAAGCACACACUGCUCUACCUACUCUUUCAACACAUGGUGGUCAAAAUCCAUCCCAGUGCCUGCUAUUAAAAGAGCCUUGGAUACAUUUGAAGAGGUUUUGAUGUUUUUUGGUAGCAGUGCUAUUUUAGAAAAACAGCUUGACUAUGUGUUAGCGUUUGGUCUUAGAGAGAGCUAUGAAAAGGUCCAGGAGUAUCGAGGGAAGUUCUGUGGCUGUUGGCAAGAGAAGCAUGAUUCUUAUGAGGUGUUGGUGCAGAUUCUGGAGCCCCUGGUUGAAUGUCUGGAGAAGAUUAAAAACAACUCACAGAGAUGGAAAUCUUCUGUAUCCACACAAGCUGGGUCCCUUCUCUGCAAGUUAAUGGAGUUUGAUUUCAUCAUUGCCAUGGUGGUCUUAAAGAAUGCAUCCUCCUUUACCAGAGAGCUGAGUGCAGGUCUCCAGAAGGACCACUUAAGUGCCGCAUCCCAGCUUUGCCAAAUCAGUGGUAUUGUGUCCACUCUGAACCGAGUAAAGACCAAUAUGAAGGUGUUUCACCAGAGCUGGUUUGAUGAGGCUUGUGCAAUUGCACAGAGCCUAAGAGUGCAGAUUGAAGUGCCUGAAAACUCUUUGCCAAGAGAUGGCAUGAUUAAGCCAGUUGGCUUUUACAAAGAUGGCUUAAGUGUGCCCCUGGUAGACAACCUGAUCAAUGCAGUGAAGGAUCAUUUUUCAGAAGACCACAAAGAGGCUCUCAACUUCCUCUCCCUGGUUCCAUGCUCGGUCACAGUAAGCUACAUGUUUGAGAGCUUGAAGUCAAAACCUCCUCUCUACAGCAGGGAUCUUCCUGAUGCAGACAACUUUGCCACUGAGCUCUGCUGUUGGAGAGUAACCUGGAAGACCAAAGUGGCAUCCGUGACCAUCCCAAGCUCGAUAUUUCACACACUUCGUCUGCCACUCAUGCAGUACUUUGGGAACAUCAAUGCCCUGCUGAGGAUUAUGUCUGUGCUACCCAGCACAGCACUAGAGGACUGUGGUGUUGUGAUGCGCCACAAGAAGUUCCAAGAGUACCUGAGAAACACAUAUCCUAAAGACAGGUCCCCAUGUUUGGCAAUGCUGCAGGUGGGCAACAACUUCAGCAGAGACCUGGACCGCAUGGUGACCCAGUGUUUGAAGGUUACACCACAAGCCUUGGAGGGUAUCUGUCUGGACAAGGAAUCCAAAAGUUUAAUCAGGAACUCUGAAAAUAAUAUGGAAGAUGAUUCUAUAAAGGAGGAAGCAGAGGAGCCCAACAUCGAGCAAUCACCUGACAAGAUGGAGGACCAAGACAUGAAACCAGCAGAUGAGAAUGGACACACUGGAGAUAAUCGUCAUAGUCUGGCAACAGUGUUCAGACUGGCUGCACUACUGGGAAAAAAGAAUAGCAGUCUCUCUGACCUGUCAGAAGAAGAGAAAGAUCUUUUCAUCCAGGAGCUCAGCAUGUGCCACUGGUUUGGAAGAGAGAACAAAUGCAUGCCCUCUAUAGGUGAUAGUGAAAUGGUGAACCUCCUCAUAAAUGGAAUCAGGGAUGUCAUACUCAAGGAAAUACAGGAAUCUCCAUUCUUCUCAUUGAUCACAGACAAACCUGUUAGAAUUGCUGAUAAGACACAGCUACCUGUUUUUGUCAGGUAUGUCGGAGAAUCAGCCCCGAAAGUGGAGCUCAUUGGUUUCUUACCAUUUGAUGAAAACUGUCAUGUUGAUACGCAAGCAAAUAACCUUGCAAAGAUUCUCACUGAAGACUGGGGCUUACCGAUGUCUCAGUGUCGAGGGCAAGCAUUCAUGCAUUUGGGCUCAGGUUACCAAAGUCUGAAGAAGAUGUCUCUGGAUGUCUUGAAGAAUUAUCCGCUCUCUGUUGUAACGCCCAGUGAGUCUUGUGGCCUUGCCCACUGGCUAGCAGGAAGUGUGCCUUGCCCUUCAGUAGCUAAGAUGCUGGAUAUCACAGAAGACUUGAUGCUAUUCUUUGAUGACUCUCCGUGUCUUGAGGGACAGUUGGCACAGGCUGUUGAUGGUCUUCUAAAUAUGCCAAGAGAGGCCCUGGAUGAAAUUCCAGAAACCUGUUGCUCAAGGUGGAAAAAGAGAGAAGACUUCUUUGACAUACUCGCGGACACAUUAGAGGGUAUUCUCAGCUGCCUAGAUGCUGUAAGCUCUACUGCCACAGGAGCCAAGUCGAUGCAUGCACAAGUUCUCUCUACCGCUCUAAGAAACAUGGACUUCAUUGUCACCCUUGUGAUUUUGAAGAAUGCUUGUGCUCCUCUCCGGAACUGUAGCACUGUCUUCCGCUGUGGAAACCCUGCUGACAUUCUCUGUGAAGUUGAAAAAAUCCCCUCAAUCAUAGAGACUCUUAACAAAAUGUUAGAGAAUGUGAGCUCUCUUCACACUAACUGGUUUGAACAGGCCUUCCAGCUAGCAACCAAGGUAGCUCCUGAGCAAGUGUGCUUCUCAGAGGAAGCCCACAGCUAUGAGUCUCCUGAGUUAUAUUACAGAGAAAAUCUGAGUGUUCCUCUCCUCAGAAGUCUUGUUGAUGAGAUGAAGUACAGUUUCUCAGACGGCCACCUAAAGGCCCUGUCUGUCCUGUCUUUGCUGCCCUCGUGCAACCCCCAACCGAUUUUGUCGGAGUCCACAGACAAGCCGUUCAGCCUCUACCUUACAGAUCUUCCUGAGCCGGAAGUAGCCGAGCAGGAAAUCAACAUCUGGGCCACUGUAUGGAGUGAGAAAUACCAGGAUGUUGCUCCUCCAUCAUCCAUUGCUGAAACACUUCUGCAUCCUGAGUCAAAGAGCCACCCAACUGUUAGCUUACUGCUGAGGCUUGUUGCUGUCCUGCCCAGUGUCAGCAUGGAGUGGGAUCUGAUGAAGACAACGCUGAAUUCCAUGAGGGAUCUGUUAAGGAACACUCUAUGCAAAGGCAGCAGAAUGGAUCAUGUGAUGCUCCUGUCUCACUGCACAACACUGCAGAGACUACCGGAGGUCAUUGAGAAGUGUAUAGAGGUGGAUCCAGAGAGCAGUCCAUGUCUAUCCCAGGUAAUGGGAACUUUGCAAGGACUGAAGUUGGAAAGUGGAGUCUUUGAAUUACAACAAGAGACACAAACAGAACUGCAGGACUCCAGUGAAGCAAAGAAGCCCGAGGAUGGAGAGGGGACUUUGGCUAAUAAGGAAGUGAUACUAGAGGUCGUGAAGGGAUCAACAACAGUAGUGUCUUUCUAUGAGCCACAGCUGCGGGAACAAAUCCUCAAGGAACUCUGGGACUCUCAGUUCUUCACAAUCAUAACUGAGCAAGCUGUUGAAAUUGACAGGGAGCUCUAUGUCCCCCUAUGCAUCAGGUACCUAAACAAAGAGGAUGUCCAGUGUGAGGAAACACUGGCUUUCAUCCCUUUCAGUGAAAACCAUGCUACUCUUGCAGAUGCUAUUGUGACGGCCCUGUCUGAGAAGUGGGGACUCAACAUGGAGUACUGUAGAGGACAGGCCUUGCUGAGUGUAGGUGAAGUCGGAGCUCAGAUGAGGACUGUAAGUUUAGACAUAGCUGAGAAAUAUCCUCGAGCCGUAAGAAGUGUCAGUUCUGCUUUGCCUCUUAAUAUUUGGCUGGCUAAAUCCUCUUCUGCUCAAGAAGUAGCUGAUGGAGCAGUUCUCAUUAGUAAAAUAUUACAUUGGUUCACAGAGGAUGCAGAACGCCAGAACAAACUGGAAGAAACGAUCAUUCACGUGUUCCAGGACGACGAAGUAAAGGGCAACGAGCUUCGGGACAAACUCAUCAAGAACUGGGAGAAGAGUCAUGACAUGCACGAAGUGAUGGUAGAGAUUUUAGAAUCAGUCACGCUCUGCUUGAAUGAGCUGAAAGGAGAGGGAAGUGUUUCAAACCAGCAGCAAGCAUCACAGUUCUUCAAUGAAAUCAGAAACUUUGAGUUCAUCCUUACAACGGUUGUGCAGAAAAAUGUCCUGAGUUUAACUAAGAAGCUUAGUCGGUCUCUUCAGGGAAAACCAUUAGACAUGCUACUUGCUGUGAAUAGUUUGCCUGAUCUCAAAGAAUGUCUUGAUAAGCUGAAGAGUGAUGUUGACACCCAUCACAAGGCCUGGUUUGAGGAAGCUGUCGCAUUGGCUUCUAAACUCCAUGUUACAAUGUUGCAUUCAGUGCUCCUAGAGCCUUUGAGUGAGUUUUACAAAGAAUCAGUAAGCAUGGGAGUUAUAGAGCACUCAAUAGCAGAGAUUGACGACCUCUUCACAGAAAAGGUAUUGGAUACUUUGAGGUGUCUGGAGAUUGUGCCUUACGCAAUGUCCAAAUUAGAAACCAGCAUUCUUAGUGGUCUUGUGUUCCGCCUGUACAAGGACGACUUGCCAGAUGAGACCUCCCUUCAGUCUGAGAUGAAAUCAUGGAGGGAAAAAUGGUUGGAUCCCCUGGCCGGCUAUCUUCCUACUACCGUGCUGGAUACCCUGAAGACGUCCCAGAUUAGAAGUUUUAGUAACAUUGAGACUCUCCUCAGACUCCAGGUCAUUUUGCCAUUUUCCAGGAAGGAGAGCAACUUCAGGCAAGGAAAAAGAAGCCUCCAUGAGUUCAUCCAGCAGGAGAAGAGGUCUCUCUCUGAGCUCCAUGCACUGUAAGAGUUGAAGGUCUUCCAUCACGGUUAGCACGUUUGAAUAAUGCGUUUGAGAUGACCACAAACGUAUUCAACAGCUAUUGUCUCAAUCCACAUUGAGGUCGCAAGUUCUGAACUCAAUAUUUCUGUGUACAUUAUGAUCUAAAUUCCUUUCCUUUUGUUGUUUUCCUGCAAACCAAGCCCCAUGUUAUGUUUUUUUGCUUUCUUUUCUGUAGUUUGUACAGUUGUACUGCCCAAUGGGACCAAUAUCUUGGCAAAAGAAAGCAAUGCUCCACUGACAGUUAUCAAUGCUUGUGCCUUGAUGCAAAACUAAUAAUUCUCCCCAUGUAUUAUGAUAAUACACAUGUUUAAAAAUGUCCCAUUGGCUGUGAAACAACUCUAUUAUUUUGCCAUUACCAAAUUGACAAGACUGGCUUGUGUAUUCCUGUCAUAAGUUCAUUAUAAUUGAGGAAAUUGCACCCUUUACCUUUCCUGGGCACAAAUAGCAUAGUUAGUUCAAUCAUGAUCUCUGAUGAUUUCCCAAGUUUCCUGUCUGUCUGCAGGAAUCAAUUUGCUGUAAACGUAUCUUUGAAAGAAUGUUUCCUUAAUGGGAAAACCUUCGUAUAUAUAUUUGUCAGAAAAGUAAUAAAAUGCUCCAAAAAUAA